AUGGGGAAUUUAGUCAAUCGAGCUCUCGGUUCCGGGAACAAAUCAAAAAUAUCAGCAACACCUUCCGAGCUCGUACUUUUGGCUGUACAUAAUUUACAAGGGGAAAGUUCAACGUUCAAUGACAUAACACGUUUCAUUGCGAAAAUGCUUGGAAAGGAUCCCGCGGAUAUCGAGGAUAACAUAAGGAGCGCAUUAAUAAGAUCUAUAGCACACGAAUUGAUAACCGUUUCAGACGGUCAGUAUACGCUAGAUGUUCAAAAAACCGAUAACGUUAAAAGUAACAAUUUGAACAGCAUACAGAGUAAAUUUAAUAAUUUGAGAAAAUUUCCCAUAAAGAAAAAAAAAGUUAAAAAACCUAAAAAUAAAAAAAUCGUUAAAGAAUCUAAAAUAACGUUUAAUAAAGCCGCAUGUAAACGUAAAAGAAACAAAUCAAAAUCUUAUUUCGAUUGA